CGGGGCCCGCCCCGCCCCGCCCCCGGGAGCCGCGCCCGCGGCAAGCGGAGGAGCGUGUACCUCGCGGAGUACGCGCCGGCGUGGGGCUCCGCCGCGACGCGCGGCCGCCGCGCGGCGAUGGAGGACGCGAGCGCCGCCGUGCCUCGCUUCGCCGAGGUGCCGGCGCGGAUGCUCGCUGGCGCGCGGGAGCUGGACGCGCUACACGGGGUCGGCUCCGCCGCCGCCGCUGCCGCCGCCCCGAAGCUGCCCUUGCACCUGUUCGCCGUGUACGACGGGCACGGCGGCUCCGAGGUGGCCAACUACUGCGGGGGCAGGAUGCACGUCGUGUUGAAGGAGGCGCUGGGCCGAGCGGCGACCGCGAGGGCCGGGCUAGAGGAAUCGGGGGAGCGGCUGGACAUCGCGGAGCUCUGGGAGAAGGUUUUCGGCGGUUGCUUCCAGAGGGUAGACGACGAGGUGUUGGGGCAGGCCAGCAGGUUCUGCAGCGGCGAGGCCCGGUGCAAGCCUGUUGCCGCCGGCGACGUCGGCUCCACUGCCGCGGUGGCGGUCGUCUGCUCCUCCCAUAUCAUCGUUGCCAACUGCGGAGACUCGCGAGUGGUGCUCAGCCGCGGGAAGGAGCCGGUGGCUCUGUCCGACGAUCACAAACCCGACAGGGAAGAUGAGCGCGCAAGGAUUGAGGCUGCAGGAGGGAGGGUCAUCGACUGGAAUGGUCAUCGAGUCUCUGGUGGUCAAUCGGUUCCCAUCCUACUCUCCUAGAGAUAUGGAUAUGGAUACGGAUAGGAGGCUUCUAGUGAACUUAUUUUUCUGGGGUUUGCUUUGGUAAAUUGCUUUCGACAAAAAAUUAUGAAAUUGAAAGCAAUGUAGUUAAUAUUAGGGUUGAUUGAAUCAACAUGAAUAUAAAAAAAGUCAAAUAAAAUAUUUAUCCCCAUCGAAUAUUUAAGCCUGCAUUAGUAUUGACAUGGCUAAUACUGUUUUUAGUUUUAUUUGUUGACACAUCUGGCUCCACUGGAACACUUCCACUACUCUGGCAGUUUUUUCUUCAGUUCAACCAUGGAAAUUUAGUUUGUCUCUUCAGUUCAGCAAAUUUUCUCUGGGCACUGGAUAACAUUACUUGUCUACCAUCCAUUACUAACAUCAACAGGAUAUUUACAUCGCCUUGCAGGGGAUGGAUAUGGAAAACCAUUUCUCAUUCCAACGUGUAACGAACAUGGAACUAUU